UGCACACCGUUUUGAUGGCGUUCGCUGGUGUUUAUAGUUGUGCCAUGUUUUGUUUCUUUCCUCCAUGUAGUUGUGCAUAAUUUAGCAAGUUUAGUGUUUAGCCGCUUCGUUUGUGUUUUGUGGCCUUCGCCGGUGGAAAUGUGCUCCGCUAACAUUGUCUUAUAAUGGUAUGCUGGCCUGCAAAUGUUGAAGAUUGUGCUUGGCAGAAUAGUGUUGCUGACAGGCACGUCAUCUGCGUCUUGCUCUACUAAAGCGGACCACAGGGACAAAAUGGGCGGCUCGUCAGCUGGUGUGCGCUUCUCCAGUUCGCCACUGCCAUUGCCAACGCCCAACCACCUCGAGAAACGCAGUGCUAAGGACAAGGGAUCCAAGUUUCUGAGGCGCCUGGUUCAUGUGCGACACAUGGACUUCCAGUUUGCCAUGUGGCAAAUGCUCUACCUUUUCGUUUCCCCGCAGAAAGUGUACCGUAACUUUCAGUACAGAAAACAGACGAAGGACCAGUUCGCCAGGGACGAUCCUGCAUUUCUGGUGUUGCUUGGACUGUGGCUUGUUGCCUCAUCAGUGGGAUUUGUGUUGAUCCUACACAUCAACUUCUUGGGCUUCCUCAAGUUUCUUCUGUGGGUCAUAUUUAUUGACUGCAUCGGCAUGGGUGUCCUUGUGGCUACUGCACUGUGGGUGAUCAGCAACAAGUACCUGCUUAAGCCCACGUGCCGCACUGAAGAUGUCGAGUGGGGAUAUGCAUUUGAUGUGCACCUCAAUGCAUUUUUUCCCCCACUUGUGGUUUUGCACGUCUUCCAGCUGUUCUUCUCUCGUUUGCUUUCGCACCACAUCUCACUUCUGUUUGGCAACACUCUCUGGCUGAUCGCGCUGGGAUACUACAUUUACAUCACAUUCCUUGGCUACAGUGCCCUCCCUAUCCUGAAGAACACACACAUUUUUCUCUAUCCACUGGCCCUCCUGCUUGUUUGCUACAUAGUGACUUUGGUGUGUAAUAUAAACCUUUGUGAGGCCCUUAAUGAUUUCUAUGCAUACAGGGUGAUGUAAGGUACAGUGAUCCCUCACGACAGGAAGCUGUGUGCCAUGUUUUGCUUUCCUUUAUGGAAAAGGACUUUCUGAUGCUUCGUCAUAUGUCUGUGUGUUGAGACUGUAAUUUAAAGCUGUAAAAUAUUUCAGUGGUGUUGCACCUGCAGUAUGCUGUAUGUGUGGGCCCAAUGUAUGAAUAAACUUGUGGCAUCAUGUGAUGCAAUUUUCUCUA